GAGGGACUGCGGCAGACAUUCUGAUACUGGGGGGAGCUGACUUGGUGUCACUGACAUCCCCAGUGACAACAAUACAGUGAUCAGUGCUAAUAAAAAGCACUGACACUGUACUAAUGGUACUGGGCAGAAAUGGGUUAGCAUGUGGGGUGAUCAAAGGGUUAACUGUGUGCUGUUUUACUAAGUGUAAUGUGUUAACUGUAAGCACACUGCUUUGCAUGGCUCACAUGCACAGCCAUGCAAAGCAGUGUGCAGGAGCUGACAGAGGAGAGAACUGUUUUGUUUACUAACAGUUUUCCCACCUAUUGGAGAUGCUUGCCAAUCACCGGGAGCCGGCUAGUAAUCA